AUGGCGGACGAUUCACACGAAGAUGGCCACACAGCGUCUGAUUCUGAGCAAGAGAAGCAGGACGUUGGAAACCACGACGCGGAUAUAAUCACCCAUCAAGGGGUGACCAACCAGCAUAGAGAGGGCACCUCUGGGUUGAAAGACCCAAAGGCAAACUCUUCUGAAGGACACGAAUCUGGAAAGGAGGGACAAUCCCGUGCAACUGAUUCCAUAGGAUUGUUCCAUGGCCACCAAGGGCGCCUCGAACAGUUGGAGCAAGAGCUGAAGCGACAGCGAGAGGCGGAAAGAAAUUUGAGAAACAAGAUCGAGCGACGAAAAGAGCUAGUGGAAAAUAUCUUAAGGCUGGAGUCUACUAUUAAAAGUCGGAGCUCUCGUAGCGACCAAGAAUAUUCUCUCUUGGGAAGAGAAGACCCGUUUAGCGAGGACAUAAUAAGUGAAAAAGUUCCAAGGAACUUUAAAAGCCUUGAUAUGGACCUCUAUGAUGGAACCACUGAUCCAAAGCAUCAUUUAAGCAACUUUAAAAUUCGAAUGUACCUGGCCGACGCUUCUGAUGCUACUCACUGUAAGGCUUUCCCGACCACCUUGACGAAAGUAGUGAUGAAAUGGUUUGAUAGUCUUCCUCCAAGGGUCGCAUACCAAAGGUUGAUGAAUAAGGUGUUUUCCCCUCAUCUUGGGAAUCUAAUGAAAGUCUAUGUAGACAACAUGCUAGUAAAGACCAAAGAUGAGGCCGACGUCUUAGCUGACCUCUCGCAAGUCUUCAAUACCAUUAGGAUGCAUAGGAUGAGGUUGAAUCCUGCAAAGUGCAUCUUCGCGGUAGAAACAGGAAAAUUUCUAGGAUUUAUGCUUACAGAAAGAGGGAUCGAAGCCAACCCUGAUAAGUGCAAAGCAGUUCUAGAAAUGAAAAGUUCGCAUUGCUUAAGAGAGGUCCAGCAGCUGAAUGGCCGACUCGUAGCACUCUCCAGGUUUUUGGCUGGAUCAGCAUUAAGAUCCCUACCACUCUUCUCUCUACUAAGAAAAGAAUGCCAGUUCGAAUGGACUCCUGAGUGUGAAGAAGCAUUCCAGGAGUUCAAAAAGUUUUUAAGCCAACCUCCCAUUCUGACCCGACCUAAAAUUGGGGAAGAACUCGUCCUGUAUUUUUUCGUAGCCGAUAAAGCUGUAGCAUCAGCUCUAAUACGGGAAGAUGAGGUCGGGUAG